GAAAUAGUAGCACGGAUUCAAGAGUUAUUUCAUAUACGGAUAAUGGAGUAUAUAGCCCUGCACUUCAUACAAUUUAUUUGAUUAUUCAAAGGACUGCCGUUUUUAUCAACUUCCACCGCCCAUAAUUUCAAAUUCCUUGUUAAUUCCACUCUAAAGCUGCAACUUAUAUCAAAGUGGUUGCUGACCUGCCGCCGGCCUUUAGCUCAGAGUUUGGAGUGGCGGCCAUGACUAUGAAGGUCACUUACGGGCUUACGGCCAGCCAGGGGCGGAACCAGGGGAGCGAGCAAGUGCUGCCGCCCCCGUUCGCCGGAGACGUCUUCGGCUCAUUCUGUUGGUGUGUUACUCGUUGGGGUUCCUUGGUGCAAACCUCCCCUGCAUCACUGGAUUCACUACCGCCAUCAAACAUUGUCGCCGCCGCCGCCGCACAUGUGCCCAGACGCUUGAGCGUUGAUUUAUCGUUGCCAGAAGACCUUCGACUCUGCGGUGUGUGUCCUCCUCUACGAGAUCAAUCAAAGCAAAGGAGCAAAAUUAAAUAUUGGAAGUAAUGAUUUGAUGGAGAAGCAAGCAAUAAUGGCGCAAGGCUCAACUUGCUGCAAGCAUAAUUUUUAUUUCGUGCCUCUUUCUUUGAUUUGAGAAGCAAGCAAUAAUGGCUGCAAGCAUAAAACAGCAGAUCAAGUUUUACAUUCUUUGCUCCUUUCUAAUAUCUUCUGAAGCCUGAUUUAGAUUAUAUGAUUUUAUUUAUGCAUUUGUGUACAUUUUAAUUUGAUUAAUUUCAUAAUCCCUCCGUCCCAAUAUAAAACGCACAUUUGCGUUUUAGGGUGAACACUGUUUGACAUUGUUUAGAGUAGCGGAAACAAG